AUGCUCAUCCUCUUCGGUCGCCAUCCCACCCCUGGUCGCUGUAAAUCCCGCCUCGCCCGCGCGUUGAACUCCGACGAAGCCGCCGCGGCGAUCUACGACGCCAUCGUGCGCGUCGUCUUGCUCAGAACGUCUCGCGAACGCGACGACCGGGACACCGGUGGGUUACAGUUGAAAUUUUCGUGCGCGUCCAGCGACGACGUCGCCGCGUGCGAAGCGCUGUUCGCGACCGGUGGGCGCUGGCGAGCGUGCGCGCGAAACGCGCGCGACGCGGCGGCGAUCGAGGUGGAGGCGCAGACGCAGGUGGAUGAUUUAGGCGCGCGCAUCGUCGAGGCGUUUCGCCGCGAAGUCGACGGCGACGCUCGAUCGAGCGAUUCCUCGAUCGGACGCGCGGUCUGCGUCGCGGGAACGGACGUUCCGGAGUUUUCGAGAGCGCACGCGCUCGAGGCGCUGGCUCUCGUGGAGGGCGCGUCGAGCGCGGACGCGCCGCGCGUCGCGUUCGGCCCGUCGCGAGACGGCGGCUUUUACUGCGUCGCCGCGCGCGCCACGCGCGCUAAUUGCGACGCCCUCGAGCGCGCGCUCGCGGGCGUCCGCUGGAGCGCGUCGACGACGCUCGAAGAGUGCGCGCGCAACUGCCGCGCGAACGGUUUCGACGUGCGCGCGACGAUGCCGGAAUUAUUAGACGUCGACGACGACGGCGAUUUGGACGCCCUCCUCGCCGAGCGUCUCGCCGCCGACGACGAGCGCGAGUCCCCAGCCGUGCGCGACGCGUUCGCGGAAAUGGUGCGAAUAUUAGAGAACAGCCGCGCGGCGCGGCCUUAG